AUGGCUUCUUACAAAUAAUCAGUUUUACUUUUUGCUUUAUUACUUUCCUACACUUCUGCUUAUACCUAUUUGGUCUUUGAGAUGGAAUGGCCUGGAACUAUCUGCUAAUAAAAAAGUUGCAGUGCUUAAUAUCUUGGAAAUUUCGAUGACUAAAACUUCAAUAUUCACGGUCUUUGGCCUUCAGGAUCUAGAAGCAAUCCUUGCAGCUAUCCAAGCAACUGCUCAAACGAUGAUUUGGACUACUCCUAAAUCAAUUAAUCUGAUAUUGACUACAUUAAUGCUUACUGGGUUGGCUUAUAUAAUGACUCUGAUUCCUUUAGAACUCAUGAAUGGUAAAAGCACGGUACAUGCUUUAAUGGUAGUGAAACCUAAUUUUUCUCAACUGUCACUUCUCUUCACAAGUAAUACAAUCCUAUUAAGGCAUUAGCUAAUCACAAUAUUGUCCCUAGUGAUAACUAAACUUACACCUUAACUCAAAUACAAAGUGCCAUAGAAAAUGACUUCUAGGGUCCAGCUCUUCUUAAGUGUGUUUACGUUUAAGGUACUCAAAUGCUCUCUGUCAUUGAUUUGUUCAUUUCUUCAGAUUUGAAAAGUCUUUUAAAAUGCCCUUGCAACAAGAAUCUCAACAGUCUUUGCAACAAUAGAGACCCUAUAGUUAUCCCAACAUUUUGA